AUGUCCGAGACCGCUCCCGCCGCCGCCCCCGAUGCGCCCGCGCCCGGCGCCAAGGCUGCCGCCAAGAAGCCGAAGAAGGCGGCGGGCGGCUCCAAAGCCCGCAAGCCCGCCGGCCCCAGCGUCACCGAGCUGAUCACCAAGGCCGUGUCCGCCUCCAAGGAGCGCAAGGGGCUCUCCCUCGCCGCGCUCAAGAAGGCGCUGGCUGCCGGCGGUUACGAUGUGGAGAAGAACAACAGCCGGAUCAAGCUGGGGCUCAAGAGCCUGGUCAGCAAGGGCACCCUGGUGCAGACCAAGGGCACCGGCGCCUCCGGCUCCUUCCGCCUCAACAAGAAGCCUGGAGAAGUGAAGGAAAAAGCGCCCAAGAAGCGGGCGGCCGCAGCCAAGCCGAAGAAGCCGGCGGCCAAGAAACCUGCCAGCGCUGCCAAGAAGCCCAAGAAGGCGGCGGCGGUGAAGAAGAGCCCCAAGAAAGCCAAGAAGCCGGCGGCCACCACGGCCAAGAAAGCAGCCAAGAGUCCCAAGAAAGCGGCCAAGGCAGGCCGCCCCAAGAAGGCAGCGAAGAGCCCGGCCAAGGCGAAGGCAGUGAAGCCCAAAGCAGCUAAGCCCAAGGCGGCCAAGCCCAAAGCGGCCAAGGCAAAGAAGGCGGCGCCCAAAAAGAAGUAAAUUAUAUUAGAAGAGUCCUGCUCUACAUACUUUGUUAUCCAACGGCUCUUUUAAGAGCCACCCACACUUUCCCUAAAGGAGCUGAGGCACCGAGGUCGUCAGUAACCUGCAGCAAGGAUCAAGUAAUUC